ACGGUGGAGAACUGGAGCGGGACGAAGCGGGUGGAGUGCGAAAAGGUGCUGACGCCGGAGAGCGCGGAGGCGCUCGAGCGCGCGGUGCGAAGCGGGAAGCAUCGGAAGCUGCGCCCGUGCGGAAGCGCGCUGAGCCCGAAUGGGGUGGCGUUUGAGGAGCGCGGGAUGCUGUCGAUGGCGCUCCUGGACGAGGUGCUGGAGGUGGACGCGGAGAAGAAACUGUUGCGCGUGCAGGCGGGCGCGAGGGUGCGGGAAGUCGUCGAGGCGUUGCGUCCGCACGGGUUGACGCUGCAAAACUACGCGAGCAUUCGAGAACAACAGAUGGGUGGGUUCACGCAAGUCGGCGCGCACGGCACGGGGGCGAGGAUUCCGCCCGUGGAUGAAACGGUGGUGGAGAUGAAACUCGUGACGCCGGCGCGCGGAACGCUGACGUUGUCGGCGACGAGCGAGCCAGAGUUGUUUAAAUUAGCAAAAUGUGGUAUCGGCGCGCUCGGUGCGGUGACGGAGCUUACGAUAAAGUGCGUAGACGCGCAUAAAUUAGUGGAAAACACGUGGACGGCAACACCAGGGGAGAUCGAAAAGAAUCACGAAAAAUGGCUGCGCGAGUAUCAACACAUUCGGUACAUGUGGAUUCCACACACAGAGACCGUGGUGGUCGUCGCCAGUAAUCCGUUGAAACCUGGCGAGCGAGAGCCUUGGAUUAGAUCGGGAAUGUCGGAGAAGAAGCGCGUCGAACCGCUCGUGCGUUUGCUCAAAGAAGUCGCGCCAGACGUGAAUCCGGAGAACAUGGGCUUUGGACAACUUCGCGACGAACUGCUUAAGGUGAAUCCUUUAGACUUCGAGCACGUCAAGCGAGUGAACGCCGCGGAAGCAGAGUUUUGGAAGCGGAGCACGGGGACGCGAGUCGACUGGAGCGAUCAAAUACUCGGUUUUGAUUGCGGUGGACAGCAGCACGUGCUCGAAGUCGCGUUUCCGGCGGGCGAGUUGGAAUCGACACCGCCCGCGAGCGACGCACCGCUUCGCGCCGACUUGCGAUUCAUGCGCGAUCUCCGACGACUGAUCGUGGAGAAUCAAAUCCCUGCACAUGCGCCGAUCGAGCAACGUUGGACGAGCGGGAGCUCGUCGCCGAUGUCGCCCUCUGCCGGGUCGCCGAAUUCGCUUCACUCGUGGGUCGGCAUAAUCAUGUACCUCCCCACCACGGUUGAAGCCGAACGCGAAGCCAUCACCAAUGCUUUCACGGAGUACGGCUACAAAGAGUUCGACGCGCUCGGCGACAAGUACGAACUCCGCACACACUGGGCAAAGAUCGAGGUUCCCGAGGACAUUCGCCGACUCGAUAAGACGCGAACCAAGCUCCGCGAGCACUACCCGGUGAAGGAGUUCAACGCCGCCCGCAAGUACCUCGAUCCCUACGGCGUGUUUACGAACGGCAUCAUAGCCAGCCUGUUC